AACGGGCUUUGCCCAGCUCCCCCCCACCCCCCGCAGUCCCGCUAAUGGCAUUUCACAUGCUGGUACUAACGAGCCCUGACGCCUGCGGAGCCGCCUGGCUCUGCCUGCACCCGGUGCCCAAAGUCCGCUGCUGUGACUGACAUCUCCCGCGCUGCAGCCCCGACUCCCACCUGCCCCCAUUUUCCCCUCAGCUCUGACCCUAUAACCCCGAUCCCGAUCUCCAGUCCCUGCAGCGGCACCCACGGGUGGCGCAGCGCCGCAGCCCCGGCCCCUCCUGGCACGCACGGACCCGUCCCCACUGCAGGGGCUGGGAGGGGGCUGGGAUGGGGCCCCCCGCCGCGUUCCCAGGCCCCGCACAGGAGUCGCGCGCUGCGGGUGUAAAGGUUUCCAGGGAAACCCGGCACCGCGAGGGAAGGAAAAUAGAUCAGGGAGAUCCAGGAAGGCCGGGGGUGGAGCAUCCCCGUAACAGCGCGGCCCCGCUGUGUGCUGGGACUCAGCCCCGCACGGCACGGGGUGAAGCACCGCUCACGGGGCGCAGAGCCGGGCCCAGGGCACGGAGCAGGACGUGGGGCGCGGAGCCGGCUGCAGUCACGGGGCGCUGCUCCCCGGGAAGUGCUGACCGUGGGGCUGCGUGAGCCACCCCUGCGUCAGCAACAUCACAUGGAAGUCAUUCGGUUUUCCCCUCACACGCUGUGACACGGAGGUGGUGAAAUCAGCCCUGACUACAGGUCACCCCCAGUGGGGCCGUGGCUCAUCUGCGCUGCUCUCCACACGGGGCAGUGCCGGUACCGGACCUCCAUCCCUGAGAAGUCACAUCGCAUGGAUGUCGCUGAGCACUCAGCAGUGCCAACAAACAGGGCCCCCCCUGCGCACCUCCUGGCUGCCAUUGAGCUCACGCUGUUCCCAGCACUGACGGAGCCACACACAGCCCGGGGCGCCCCGUGCUGGCAGGGCACAUCGCUGCAGGGCACCCCAGCACCCAGCACCAGCUCCCAGCUGUCUGCCACCACCCGCACUGCCCAGCUGGAUGUCACAAGGACACCAGCCGCCAUUUCCCACCCUGCGGAUGCUACAGACACAGCAGAUAUGCUGAUGAUUUCACAGAGGAAGAAGUGCCCCUGUGCUGUCCCACCCAAGGUCUGAGAUCAUUGGAACACUGUACAGCACUGUGCUCGGGCUCCUGACGUCACCUGCGCACCCACAGGGCUGGAGCUGCAGGGGGACAUGGGGAUCUGCAGAGGAUCCAGCCCAGAGGUGCUGUUUAGGGGUGCUCAGAGGGAGCUCUGCACCCACAGGUACAGCCCUGGGCACGGCCCCUUCCCCACAUGUCCCCUUGUGCAGCUCCGGCGCUGCCUCCCCCCCCGUUCCCAGACCCCCUCCUGUGUCUCAUUAGCUGACGAGCUCCCGGGUAAUGAGUUUUGCGGCCCUGCUGGGCAGCCACUUCCCACCUCCCUCUGUGUUUAGACAAGUGCUGGAGUGCGGCCAGGGCCGGGGUCAGAGCAGAGCAGAGCCUGCAGCCCCCUGUCGGGGAGCCGGGAUCCUCCACUCCCUCCAGGCUGCGCUAUUGGAGUGCAGUGCAGGGCACUGCGGUGAGGGUGCAGGGCCUGGGGUCUGCAGCAGCUGGGCAAGAAGCAUGGCUCAGUGUACGUCCACACCCACACAGUGUGCCCAGCUGCACAUAAGCACCUCAGGGACACACAGCAGCAUCCCACAGAGCCAGGGAGACCAAAGCAGGGGCACACAAAGGGCAGAGUGGUGUGGGGAUGCCAGGAUUGCUGGCAAUGGAAGGUCAAGGCCUCGCUGCCCCAUAGCGCCGUGCCACAGUGCAGGUGCUGGCAGGGCUGCUCAACACGUUAGCAUCUCUCAUGACCGUGUGAAUUGGUCCUUGCACACUUCCCAGCACCGGGCAGUGCCAAUUAAGGGCUGGAGGAGUCAGAACUGACACCUCCGCAAAUGGGUCCAGCUUUCCCAGGCUCCCGGCCCAGUUGCAGCCCACGCCAUGUAGGUUUUGACACCUCCAGGUGGCCACAGAAGUGUCACCUCGCACCUCGGGCCCACAUAAAGCCAGGGCUGCCAAAGGACCCCCGGACGUGAGCAGCCCCAGAGCAGAACCCACCAUGGCCGGGUCCCCACUGCCGCCCCACGGCCUCCAGGCCCCAACAGCCGCCUCCCUGACCCCACCUGGGGAGCUCUGCAGGCCCGGCAGCGGGGCUGGGCUGAGGCGGUGCAGGGGUCCCACGGGCAGGAGGGGCUCAGGGGUGGCCGGGGGCCCACGGCAGAGCGCCAGCGAGAGGGAGAAGCUGCGGAUGCGGCGGCUGGCGCAGGCCAUGCACCGGCUGCGGCACUACCUGCCGCCCGCGCUGGCGCCCGCCGGGCAGAGCCUCACCAAGAUCGAGACCCUGCGCCUCGCCACCCGCUACAUCGCCCACCUCUCGGCGCUGCUGGGCCUCAGCGAGGAGGUGCUGCUGCUGCGCCGGGGGGCGGCCCCCCGCCACUGCCCGCUCUGCCCCCAGGGCCUGGGCUGCUGCCAGCCCCCGCACCCCCGGCUGCGCCCCCCGGCCCCGAGGGACGCUUCGCCCCCCAGCUCGGAGGGUUGGGGGAGCCCCCCAGAUCUGCACGGGGCUUUGGAUGCAGGGAUGGGGACGUGGGGGCCGCUCUCUACUGGCCCCGUGAUGGAGACCUGCCCGGAGCUGCACGGGGUUCCUGACAUGGAGAUGGGGCUCUGGUCAUCACCCUCCUACAGCCCCACCGCGGGGAGUCCCCCAGCACUGCAUGGGACACCGGGCUCCAUGUCACAGCCCUCACCAUCAUCGCUGUGCAGCAUCAGAGCAGAGACCCCACUGGAGCCCCUCCAGAGAUACAUGACAGCCAAAGGCACCGGGACAGAGCCCUCCUGCUGCAUGGAGCCUGCAGUUCCUUCCCUGCAUCCUGGGGUGAGAGCAAAGGCCAUGGAACCCUCAGGACUCCCCACAUGUGGCUCUCAGAUCGGCAGCCCCCUGGACCUGGACAUGUUCAUCUCCUCCGACGUCCACGCGACCCCUGUCCUGCCUGGCUGCAGCCCCGCACGGUGCUGGGGGUGGUGGAGCUGAUGUGCUGCCUGCAGCUGAUGACACAGCAUGGGGACAGUGCCAAGGGGCACUGCAGGACACUGGGAGGGGCUCCCCAUUAAA